CCCCGUUUUCCUCCGGUCCUGCUUUCCGCGGAGCCCGGCGCACCAUGUCUACGGGAGGAGACUUCGGGAACCCACUCAGGAAAUUCAAACUGGUCUUCCUGGGGGAGCAAAGCGUUGGGAAGACAUCCUUGAUCACAAGGUUCAUGUAUGACAGUUUUGACAACACGUACCAGGCUACAAUUGGAAUUGACUUCUUAUCUAAAACCAUGUACUUGGAAGACCGGACAGUGCGGUUGCAACUCUGGGACACAGCAGGCCAGGAGAGAUUCCGAAGCUUGAUCCCCAGUUAUAUUCGAGACUCCACAGUAGCCGUGGUGGUCUAUGACAUCACAAAUCUCAAUUCCUUCCAGCAGACAUCUAAGUGGAUUGAUGAUGUCCGGACAGAAAGGGGAAGUGAUGUCAUCAUUAUGUUAGUGGGCAACAAAACAGACCUUGCAGAUAAGAGGCAGAUAACAAUUGAAGAAGGAGAACAGAGAGCUAAAGAACUGAAUGUCAUGUUUAUUGAGACAAGUGCAAAGACAGGAUACAAUGUAAAACAGCUCUUCCGACGUGUCGCCUCAGCUCUGCCAGGGAUGGAGAGUGUUCAAGAGAAGAGCAAAGAAGGGAUGAUUGACAUUAAACUGGACAAACCACAGGAACCACCAGCCAGCGAAGGAGGUUGUUCUUGUUAAUGCAAAGCGCAGGAUUCGUCAGCUCCAUUUGACACCACACGCUUGUUGUGUUGCUUCCUAUUGGUUAGCUUCCUAAUAAUACAAAAUUGAGUUAUUGGAUGGGGAGGAUUUCUUUUCUCUCUGUGUCUCUCUAGGGAAGGGAGGGGGGCAAGGAUAAGAAUACAUGAGUCAACAGCUGGUUCAAUCUUCUUUUUUGGUUUAGUUGUAAUAUAUUGUACUUUAUUAAAAAUGCCAAAACAAUUCAGAAUUUUAAACAAGACACUUUAAUUGUGUGUGUAUACAACUUCCAGUCAUGGGAACUUAUAUCCUUUUUUGGGUACUUUUUUUUAAAUUGUAUAUUUGUAAACUUACAGAAAAAAACCCAAGGUUAUACAGGCUGGCUAGUUUCAGUGUUUGGCAUAAACUGUAGACAUAUCUUGUAGCAAACUAGUCCCCAAUUGGUUCACUAGACACUAACUAUAUAAUUCACACUCCAACAGCAGGCUAGCAAAGCAUGCUACAAUUACCAGUGUGCAGUACAAGAUCUCUGACUAUAUAGCCAUCUAUAAGUGGAAGAGAGCUACAACAACUAAAGAAAUGUUACUCAUGAUAGUGACAGUGCACCACCAUAGUUCCCAAACCACUUCAUGGGGGCUAUACUGCAUGCACAGUUUACUAUCAUGCUUCAUACUAUAUUUUACUAUACCAUGGGAGAUGUUUCUUUUUAGCACUACUAUGGUGGACACUUGUUUUUAAGCCCUUCACUUGUGUCACAUAGUCUAAGAAUAUCAACUUUUCAAAGUCUCACAAGCUAGCAUAAGCCACCACACAUGCGCAUACUAUAGUGUAUAUGUGAGACCAAUGGCAUUGCUGUCACUUUACAUGCUUGGUUGGCCCAGGGCAUUCUGCAGUAGCCUUGAUUCCCUUCAAAAGGCCAACCACAAUUAGUUAUAGCCACCACUUUAUACUGAAAAUUGGACUGGAAAAAA